GGCCGUUGAACUGGUCUCGUUUUGUUCGAUGCUCCGCCGGUGGUUCAGGACGAUUGAACCUCGGUGAGUUUUAUGAACAAAGGAAGUGGAAAAUUAGAGAUUUUGAUCAGAACUGAGCUGGUAUCCAAAUCUCGAACCAGAUCGUAAUCCGACCAAAUAUUGUCUGUUAGAAAGAUUUCAUAGAGAGCGUCCAAUUCCAGUGAAUUGGCCGUCUGCCUUCGGUGGUAUCGAGUCAGUUAUGGUUGUGUGACUCUGUAAUGUUGGAAGCACUCAUUGCGGCCAUUACCGAGUUGCGCGGUUGGCCAUAUAUGAUUUCUGCCGUCCGGCUUCGGCAGGAUGGAAGGCGGCCGACGCACCCUUCUCUUUGAAUUUGUGGACGAUAGCAUUUCAAGAUUGCGCGAAUGCUGUGGAUCCGCUGAAGCCGACGAUGCGCUAACGAGAUUGCGGAUCUGCAGUUGCGUGUGCUAUCUCGCGUGAUGAAUGGGCGGAACUUGAAUGUGGAAGCCAUUAGUCCGUACAAAGUGAAGCUGUGGGAAUGGGAAACUUGUGAAUUCAUGGAGCAGGUGAUGAGCGGCUGUCAUGCCAUCCGAUCGCGGCCGACUUGUCUGCCGAUCGGUCUCUCUAGAUCGGCGUUGUUUUCAUGCCCUGCCGCUCCGAUUUCGCUGGUUCACAGUCUUGUGAACCAUCAGCGUUGAUAUCGAUGCAUCCUUUCUGUCUUGGAUGAAAACGUGUUUGCAGGUUGAUUGAACGCUUCAAGAAGUUUGGGGGUCGAACCGGGCCAUAAUGUAGAACGUGACAACCAGGAGUUCUGGCAGUGGUCCUUCGAAGUCUGUCAGAUUCUGUUUCUCGAGACAUUGGUUUGGAUCAAAGAACAUUGGUUGGGUCCCGUCAGGAGAUAAGGGUCCGAAUGCAGAGUUUGGAUAUGCAUCCUGCUAACUCGAAGGACUUCGAUCGAGUGAAAGAUGGGUGAGGAAGAAAUAAAUCCCAAAAGCGUCGACUGAUUUAAUUUCUGAAUAGAGGCGAUGUAAUCUCGAUCUAUUUGCUUCACGUGCUGAAUGUGAAGCAAGAAGAGGUCUUCAUGAAGUUAUUCGAUGAGGGAAUCGAUUCACUUGUUGAGGCCUCGUAGCCUUUCUUUAAGGCUAAUGAUGGGAUUAAUUUCGGUCCUUUUAUCAAGUUCGUAGAAUAUAUACGAACUACAAGCAGAGCUAGCAGAAUGGACUCAAAACGGAAAUCGUUGCAGUCCGCCCGGGCGAGUAACCGGGGCAGCAAGCUUCUUCAACCUGAACCCAGGCGGCCGUCGAUGGUGACAGCAGUGCCAGGGUCUCACCGCCAUUCGCUUGUGGAGGAAGCUAAAAAGCCUGAAACCAAUAGCAGGCGGGCUUCCGUAAAGUCGGUCGGUAUCAUAAAGCCCGAAUCCGCGAUGGAUGUGGACGAUGAUAAAGAUUUUCCCGACCAAGCUGAUUGUGGGGAGGUGUACGAUUCGAUGGAGGUCGAGGAACCAGUUGUCGUGAUGGAUUAUUUUGAGCAGCUCGAGACAGCAUUGAUGCGAACAAAAGCGGAGUUGCAUAUGAAGAUGUCCGAAUUGCCACCUGUUAUAAGUAAAGAGAAGCUGUUUACCUUAGGGUUGCCUCAUGUUUAUGAUACCGAUAUGUUUAAUCGGUCUCCGUCCAAUCGAAUUGCAACCAACUACAGCCCAGCAGCAGACAGAUUUGUUGAAAUGAAGCCGGAAGUGCGAGUGGUGCACCACGAGGAGUCGUCUAUUUAUUUGGACUACCUGGCCACCCCGUUGGAAACCAAGAAGGAGUGGGUGAUUCCAGACCUUAUGAAACCAGAAGUAGCGAAUGAGAAGCUCCAUGCCACGGCGUUGGCUAGAUUACAUCGGGAUCGUCGAGUGAAGGCAGGGCUGAAACGGUCUCUCUCUCCGGAUUCUGACAAAUCAUCGUGGGUUUACCCUGAGAAUGAGAGGUACUUCAGGGGAGGCUCUCCCAAAAUGACCAAGGUCGUACCUACGAAAGAAACACUAGUCUCUCUACGAGCCUCAUGGAAGAAAAUCAAGUGUACGGAUGACCCUGAACCAAGCUCGACGGAAUCCUGUGCUUCAACUUGGGAUGAGUCUGGAUCAGAAUCAGGUUCGGAAUUCUGUCUCAAGUGUGGCAUUCAUCACGUGAACAUGGGAACGCUCGAGUUUAAUAGAGCUAGAAAAAUUAGUGCCUACGGAGGAAAAAUUGGAAAGAGAAUCAGUAUAGUGGAUCGUAAGUACUUCCCGGCCCCCCCGAUUGUGGAGAGUCCUCGAAGCCGUAUCAAAGCCCGCUCAAAACCGACACCGUGCAGCGCACAGAACAUCUAUUCAGCUGCUGAAAAUAUUAUCAAGUACGAAUAUUACCUGGACGAAGGAGUCGAGGAGAAGUACAUAACACCUCUGAGGGAAAAAUGGUUGACAAGUGCAGCUCAUCGAAUAGGUAAUCGCUGGCAACUUAGGCUUCCGAGCGAAACAUAUCACGACGUCAUGGUCCAUGUGGCCCUCCAAAUAAAGUACUACUACCUUUACAGCAUGCGGAAAGCAAUCACAGACUACGUUCUGAAGGACGAAAGUGAAAGAAAACGACUCGGAUUAGUAAACCUAGACCAAGCGUUGCAGGCUUUGAGCACAGGAUUCAUAGGGAAGCCUACAACCGUACAGAUCCUUUCGCAGCACUGGCGAAAUGCAGUGCUGGAGGCGCACGAUAGUUUAGCUUUGAAGAUGUUUCGGUUGAAUCCUUUGGCGCUGGAAGUCAUGGCACUAUGGGAGAAAAACUUUAGUAAUUCGCUCUUCUUAGAGGUCAUGUCUGCAAAUUUCACCGCGGGGUUACCUUACGAACUAGCAGCUUUUGAAACUGAGCAGAAGGAUCUUGCUUCGAAACGAAGAGUACUUAUCAUCAGAGAAUGGUUGCCCCUGGUGUGUGACAAGCUCAAAUAUGCCAUUCCAAAGCCGACUAUGGAGAUGAUUGGGUUCUAUCAAGCUAUGGCUGUUCUCAUGAGUAGACAGAUAAGACAACUUGUUGAGGACUCCAUAGUCUCCUACACAAAAUUUUUUGCUCAGUACAAGGAAGGCAGCUCGUAUGAAUGGGAAGGUUCUCAAGAGGACACUGCGAAGGUUCCAGCACUACCGGUGGAAGGCAGUGGUGAUGUGAAGGCCGAUACCACUGAUGGUAUAUUUGCGAUGGAGCCACCGACAGAAGAAAAGCUGAGGCAAUUUUUUGGUAAACAGCGGUUAGCUUCAGAUAAAACGUCUUCGGAAAAUUGGUCUCCUCCGUUUUACAUAAGUUUGAAGAACGAUCAUGGUGUUUACAGUUGCGAGCCAACGUUCGAGGAACUUGCGGAAUCGCUUCUGCGUGUGGUGGACUGGUCUGUAUACGAAAGUAGUGGUUUCAUGCGUGUGGAUUCGGAUCACAUAGAUCCUUCAAUGAGGACGAUGCCGCACAUGGUUCUGGAAGAUGAACUUGUUCAAGUGGCCAAGAAUUACCUCAGGCAGAUAGUUUUCGCCAAUUCCAAGGGACCUCAGCAAAUAAUGAGGAGUUUCGAAAAAUUCAAGGACUUAGCAAGUUUGAACGCCUACGCAUUCGCCAAAGAUUUUGGCUUGAUGGAAAAGCCGCUAGAGGAGUAUAAGGACACGCUGGCCAAAUACAAUGAGCGAACAGUCCAAGCGCAGGAGGCAAGUGCGAACGAAAUAGACUGUGGUCUCGUAAGAGUGCGCUGUGAAGCCUUUAAGCAGACUUUGAUCGACAAAGCCCAACUGGUGAACACAUUAUUGAAACAACAGGUGCUUGCACAAAUGACAGCUGGUCAUCAAGAGGUUAUUGAUCGUCAUGAACACAUUUCGAACACGGUGGGGAAGGAUCCAACCAACGCUGAAGAAGCAACAUCGCUCCGCAAAUAUUUCUUCGCUGCUGCGAACGAAAUGGCCGUGCUGGAGAGGAUGCUAGAGGAGAACAAGAGAAGGGAGUUCUUUCUGGAGGAGGCCAUGUUUGGAUUACCCGAGGACGAUUUUCAAAAGAUGAUGGUUGCUCGGGAGUGGCCCAAACGCAUUCGAGUGAUACUCAGUGUGCACCAGAGAAGGAUUCAGGAAGAAUAUGACCAUUAUGAAGCUGGACUAAAAAAGCGCCGGGUGGAAUUCGCCAAGAAGCUGGAAAUCUACGGUGAAGAGAUAAAAAAAUUUGAAACUUAUGGUGACAUAGAAAAGAGCCCAGUGAUAGGGAAGUUGGCAAUGGACUUGUCCAAGGGACUGGAAGAGGCCCUCGAUAUUGCGGAACUUAUCAACACUGAAGAGGGAUACUUUGGAAUGCCACCAUCACGCUUCCCUCAAAUUCAAACACUUACAACUGCUCUUGAACCUUACUUAAAGUUGUGGGGUAUAGCGCACUCCUUCAAGACAAACGAGGAAGAAUGGAUGAUCGCCUGGUUGAACACCCUCGACACGGAAAAGAUCGAGGGAGAGGUCAUGACUUGGUGGAGAACAGUAUUCAAAUUGGUGAAGCAGUUUACUGAUGUUCUCCCAGAGCCAGCAAAAGUUGCGGUAGCACUCAAGGCGCUUCUUGAUCGCUUCAAAGAAUCUUUGCCGCUUUUGAAGUGCCUUUGCAACCCAGGACUUAGAGCACGACACUUCAUUCAGAUUUCUGAGGUCGUUGGAUUUGAAGUUCACAAUGAUGAUGGUACCAACUUUCGACAGCUACUGCGGCUCCAGAUUGAUGAGCACAUAGUAAAAUUGGAGGAAAUAAGCGAGUAUGCAAGCAAAGAGUUUGCACUAGAAAGAUCACUUGAUACCAUGGAGAGUGACUGGAAACCCCUGAAAUUCGAGUAUUCGUUAUACAAGAACACCGGCGCGAAUAUCUUGAAGGGUGGUCCUAUAGAAGAAGCUCAACUCAUGCUAGAUGAGCAUGUUGUGAAGACACAGAACAUGUUGGCUUCUGCGUUUGCGGCCCCAUUCCAAGAACGUUUGCAGAUAUGGCUCGGAAAGGUAACAUUACUGCAACAAAUAUUAGUGGAAUGGCUGAAGAUGCAAGCAUCCUGGAUGUACUUGGAGCCCAUAUUUGGCUCAGAAGAUAUUCUUGAGCAAAUGCCGAAGGAGGGUGGUUUAUUCCAUCAAAACGACAAAGUGUGGCGGAGAAUUAUGGCCGCAGCCGAGAAAUGCGAUAUAAUGCUUGACGCUUGCGCGAUCGAAAACCUUCUGCAGGACUUAAAGAAGAGCAACGUGGAUUUAGAUGUUGUCCAAAAGGGACUCAAUUAUUAUCUCGAGACUAAGCGUCUUGCUUUUCCCCGAUUUUUUUUCCUGUCAAACGACGAGCUUCUGGAGAUUUUGUCUGAGACAAAAGAUCCAUUAAGAGUACAGCCUUUUCUCAAAAAAUGCUUCGAAGGGAUAAACACUCUGGUAUUUGAGGCCAACCUUGAUAUUAUCUCUAUGGUAAGCGUCGAGAAAGAAAAAAUCGAUUUUACACGAAUAACGAAUCCAAAGUUUGCCAAGGGCAACGUUGAGAGGUGGUUAAUCGAAGUCGAGAAGAUGAUGAGAGAGACCUUACUGGUGGUGGCACAGAAAGCUGCUGCGGAUUAUGCUGUGACGGCGAGAACACAAUGGAUAUUAAAAUGGCCUGGGAUGAUUGUCCUUUGCGCAUCCCAAAUACAUUGGACUAGGGAGGUGGCAGAAGCUAUACAGGCUGGUGGUGAGGCCGGACUCAACCAGUACGAAGAAAAGUGUUCAUUGCAACUCCAAGAUCUUGUGAAACUGGUGAGAGGAGAAUUAACAACUCUGGAAAGAUUUACCAUCGGAGCACUAUGUGUGGUGGAUGUGCACGCAAGGGAUGUUGUUACACUGCUGAAGACAUCUGGAGUAACUAAAGAUACUGACUUUGAGUGGCUUUGUCAACUACGAUACAGUUUAAUUGAUGGCGCGGUGAUUGUCAUGAUGGUAAAUGCAACUCGCAAAUAUGGUUAUGAGUAUCUAGGAAACAGUGCCCGACUUGUCAUAACGCCAUUGACUGAUCGAUGUUAUCGAACACUUAUGGGAGCUUUGCACCUCAACCUGGGUGGAGCGCCUGAGGGACCUGCUGGUACAGGGAAAACGGAAACUACCAAAGAUCUUGCUAAGGCCCUUGCAAUGCAAUGUGUGGUGUUCAACUGCUCUGAUGGACUCGACUACCUCGCUAUGGGGAAGUUUUUCAAAGGGCUUGCUGCCUCUGGGGCUUGGGCGUGCUUCGAUGAAUUCAACCGGAUUGACCUGGAAGUGUUGUCGGUCAUAGCUCAACAGAUUCUGACCAUUCAGAGGGCUAUCAUGGCUGGGGUGACAAGAUUCAAUUUCGAGGGAACAGAUUUGCCGUUGAUUUCCACAUGCACGACUUUCAUCACGAUGAAUCCUGGUUAUGCUGGGCGGUCUGAGCUGCCAGAUAACCUGAAAGCUCUCUUCCGCCCCGUGGCAAUGAUGGUUCCGAACUAUGCUAUGAUUGGUGAAAUCACUUUGUAUUCUUAUGGGUAUUUGAAUGCCCGCGAUAUGGCAAGAAAGCUUGUCGCCACAUAUCGACUUUGUAGCGAACAACUGUCAUCUCAAGAUCAUUACGAUUACGGGAUGAGAGCAGUUAUAGCUGUCCUGAGGGCAGCUGGAAACUUGAAGAGAAGAUAUCGCGAAGAUGAUGAGGCAGUACUGAUGCUACGAGCCAUUCGGGAUGUAAAUCUCCCAAAAUUUUUAUCUCAUGACAUUCCACUCUUCGAGGGCAUCAUGUCUGACUUGUUUCCAGGAGUGAUACUCCCAGAACCUGAUUAUGUUAACAUUCUGAAUUGCAUCAAAGACAACUGCAAAAAGACAAACCUCCAACCAACGGAGGUGUUUUGCAAAAAGAUAUUGGAGCUUUACGAGAUGAUAAUAGUCAGGCAUGGCCUUAUGUUAGUUGGCUAUUCGUUUGGAGCAAAAACCAGUGCCUACAAGAUUCUUGCAGCUUCUUUGAGUGAUCUCUGCGUUGCUGGUCUCAACAACGAAAACAUAUCAAAAUAUAAGGUCCUGAACCCGAAGUCCAUAACUAUGGGCCAACUCUAUGGACAAUUCGAUCCUGUGUCCCAUGAAUGGACCGAUGGGGUGUUGGCAACAACGUUCAGACAGAUGUCAAUCGAUUUAUCUCCAGACAGGAACUGGCUUAUCUUUGAUGGCCCCGUCGAUGCCAUUUGGAUCGAAAACAUGAACACAGUUCUGGAUGACAACAAAAAACUUUGCUUAAUGAGUGGAGAGAUUAUUCAGAUGACCGCAUCUAUGAAUUUGAUAUUCGAAGUGCAGGAUCUCGCUGCUGCCUCUCCUGCCACUGUUUCCCGUUGUGGGAUGAUAUACGUUGAGCCUUCGACUUUGGGUUGGAGACCUCUCUUGAAGUCAUGGCUGAUAGCCCUUCCAGAGCCUAUGCAGGAAAGAUACAGGGAGCAGAUAGCGAAACUAUGUGAAUGGCUGUUGCCUCCUUGCCUGCGAUGUGUGCAAAAGAAUUGCAAGCUCGGAAUGCCGAUGCAGGAACAAAAUAUGGUUCAAAGUAUGCUGCGCAUUCUGACUUGUCUCUCGCAACCGGAGCUGACAGACAAGAUAAUGUCAGAAAAGAUGGAUGGAAACUUGAGGGCUACAUGGGUUGAUUGCAUUACACUUUUCGCGUUGGUUUGGUCCGUCGGCGCUUGUAUGGACACAGAUCAGAGAACAAAAUUUGACUUUCUUUUAAAGAAACUUUUGGCAAAUCAGCCGCCGGAAGAAUACAAACCACAUAUACUAACACCAGCGCGAAAAGUGGCCAUUAAUUUUCCGGAUGGAAAAUCUGUAUACGAUUGCGUUUUCAGAAAAGACAAAGGGAAAUGGGGUCUGUGGUUGGACUUCGUUGACGAUCAAGGCCCCGCGGUAGAUGCAGACUUCGUUAAAAUUAUAGUGUCAACAGCAGACACUGCGAAAUAUACAUUCAUGUUUCAGACUAUCAUUGAUAAAAACAUGCCUUUACUACUGGCUGGUCCGACAGGAACAGGAAAGUCCGUGUACGUAAAGCAGUACAUGAUGAAGCUAGAUCCUGCGAAAUGGCAGUCCAUGUUCUUCAAUUUUUCAGCCCAGACGAGCGCAAAUCAGACCCAGGACAUCAUAGAUGGAAAGCUCAUAAAGAGGAGACCAGGAGUGUUUGGACCCCAGAAAGGAAAGCAGUGUGUCAUUUUCGUCGAUGAUCUGAGUAUGCCUGCGUUGGAGAAAUAUGGCGCUCAGCCACCAGUUGAACUACUUCGCCAGUGGAUGGACCACCACGGCUGGUACGAUCGUAACGAUCUUACCUUCAGAAACAUUGAGGACGUUCAGUUUGUUUCAGCAAUGGGUCCUCCAGGUGGAGGAAAGAAUCCAGUGACGAACCGCUACCUUCGUCACUUCAACGUCGUGGUCGUUACUGCUUUUUCUGAUCCAACCAUGCAGAGAAUAUUCUCGACAUUAGUUGACUUCUGGAUGAAAAGGGCGAGAUACUCGGCAGCCAUAUUGAAGCUUAGAGGCCCCUUGGUCAAUGCAACUAUUGAAAUAUAUCAAGUUGUACAGAAAGAACUGCUUCCAACACCAGAAAAGUCCCAUUAUACUUACAACUUGCGAGAUCUUGGAAAGGUGUUUCUCGGUCUUCAAUUUGCCCCAAUCGAAAUAGGAGACGAUACAUAUAAGAUUGUCCGUUUAUGGGCGCAUGAGUGCCUCCGGGUUUUUUAUGACCGUCUUAUCAACGAUAAAGAUAGACUUUGGUUUUGUGAGCUCUUGGCCGAGCAGUUGGAGAAGCAUUUUCGGGAACGCUUUGGAAAAGUCUAUGGGACCUUUUCACACUCCGAGGUCAAGAAGGGAGACAUUAGUCCCGCGAUUCUCCAGUACGUCAUGGCUGGAGAUUUCAUGAUUCCUGGAGCCGAUCCAAUGUUGUACGAUGAGAUUACGGACGAGGAACAGCUCUUGAGAAUAAUGCUCUCUUACCUCGAAGAUUACAAUGACCUCACCAGCACUCCCAUGAACCUCGUCCUUUUCCAAUUUGCCAUCCAGCACAUCGCUCGAAUCUGUCGAGUCAUUAAGCAACCUGGAGGCAACGUGUUGAUGGUAGGUGUAGGCGGGAGUGGAAGGCAAAGCUUAGCAAGACUUGCGGCGUUCAUCGAAGGCUUUGAUGUCUACCAGGUUGAGCUCUCGAAAAACUUUGGUAUGCCAGAAUGGCGAGAAAGCAUUGGCAUCAUGCUCCGGAAAGCAGGAGAACUGGAUAAAAAAGUGAUGUUUCUCUUUCCGGAUACCCAAAUUAAAAUGGAGGGAUUCGUUGAAGACAUCAACUCUCUUCUUAAUACAGGAGAGGUGCCGAAUCUAUAUGAUGCAGGAGAUCUAGGAGCCAUAUGUGAAGGAAUUCGGCCCAGAGCGAAGAGGGCUAAAAGAGACGGAUCUAGAUUGGAACUCCUCUCUUUUUUCGUUGACGAGUGCAACAGGAACAUGCGUAUAGCUCUGGCUUUCAGUCCAAUUGGUGAUACUUUCAGAGAGCGUCUCAGGAAGUUUCCAUCCCUCGUUAACUGCUGCACAAUCGACUGGUUCAGUGCUUGGCCAACAGAGGCACUGCGGUCUGUGGCAGUGAGGUUUCUAGCAACACUGAAUGCUGAACGGAAAGUUAUACGAGAAAUAGUAGACAUUACUGUUUAUUUUCACACAUCUGUCCAGGAAAUGGCAGUUGACUACUUUACGCAACUUCGUCGGUAUUGCUAUGUCACACCCACAAGCUUUCUAGAGCUGAUAAACCUCUACAAGACUCUUCUGGAACAGAAACAGAACGAAGUUAAGGGUUUCAAGCAUAGGUACGAGAUGGGUCUGCUUAAGUUGGAAAAGUCAGCUGAAGACGUGAACGUUAUGGGGAGAGAGCUAGAGUUAUUACAACCAAAGUUAGAUGCUUCCACCCAGGAAGUCAUGGAUCUUCUAAGGGUGAUUGACAGAGAGACGGUAGAAGCUAACAAAGUCAGAACUGUCGUUUUGGCGGAAGAAGCUGCUGCUAACAUCAAAGCAGAUGAAGCGAAGGCGAUAAAAGAGGAUACUGAAGCUGAGCUUCAGAUUGUUAUGCCUAUCUUGGAAGAAGCACUGAGGGCCCUUGAUACGCUUACCAAGAACGACAUUUCUGAGCUGAAGGGUAUGAAAAGCCCACCUCUACCUGUUCGGAUAGUCAUGGAGGCUGUUUGCAUUAUGAAAAAUAUCAAGCCAACAAGGAUGAAGGAUCCAUCCGGUUCUGGGAAGAUGAUUGAUGAUUACUGGGAGAGCAGUAAGAAGAUGCUUGCAGACGCUGAUUUUCUGAAGAGUUUAAAAGAGUAUGACAAGGACAAUAUUCCACCGGCAGUGAUUGUGAAAGUUCGCCCAUACAUCGAGAAUCCGGACAUGGAUCCAACGAAGAUUCAGGCUGUCUCUAAGGCAGCUUACGGUCUCUGCUGUUGGAUUGGCGCGAUGGAAAAGUACGACAAAGCUGCAAAGAUCGUUGCUCCUAAACAAGCAGCCCUUAAAGUUGCAGAAGGUGAAUACAAAGAAGUGAUGUCGAAACUAAAAGAAAAGCAGGAUGCUCUCAAAGUGGUAGAAGCAAGACUCGCCGAGCUUGAUGCAACACUUCUGGAAGCUAGGGAGAAGAAGAAGGCUGUGCAAGAUGAAGCAGAUACGUGUGCUAUGAAGAUUAGUCGAGCAAACCAGCUUAUGACUGGUUUGGGAGGAGAAAAAACGCGUUGGACGGCUAGCGCGGAGGCCUUCGGCCAGACUUACAUCAAGCUCACUGGGGACAUCUUGCUAGCAUCGGGAAUGAUUUCAUAUCUCGGAGUUUUCACUCCUGCCUUCCGGGACAUAGCCAUCAAGAAUUGGUGGCAAAUGUGCAAAGACAGAAGGGUGCCAUGCUCCGAUAGUUUUUCUUUGAGCUCCAUACUUGCAGACCCUGUCCAAGUUCGAGCUUGGAACAUUGCAGGUUUACCCAAAGAUAGCAGUUCGGUGGAUAAUGGCGCAAUAGUAUCCAACUGUCGAAGGUGGCCUCUCAUGAUUGAUCCUCAGGGUCAGGCUAACAAAUGGGUAAAAAAUAUGGAAGGAGAGAAGCUCGUGAUCUGCAAGCUUGCUGACACUGAUUUCUUGCGAAAACUGGAGAACGCAAUCCAGUUCGGAAAGUCUGUACUGCUGGAGAACAUAGGCACGGAGCUUGAUGCUGUUCUUGAGCCAGUUCUGCUGCGAUCAACCUUCAAACAUAGUGGAAGUAUCUGUAUCAAACUUGGUGAUAACAUACUGGAGUAUCAUAACAAGUUUCGUUUGUAUAUCACAACGAAAUUGAGAAAUCCACAUUACAGCCCUGAAAUUUCUGCGAAGGUUACACUUCUAAAUUUCAUGAUAACAACGGAAGGACUCAUUGAUCAACUGCUUGGUAUAGCAGUAGCUAAGGAGAGGCCAGAAUUGGAGGAACAAAAGAAUCAACUAAUUAUUCAGGGAGCCAAAAAUAAACAGCAGCUGAAGGAGAUUGAAGACAAGACGUUAGAAGUACUUUCACAAGAAGGAAAUAUUUUGGAAGAUGAGACUGGUAUUCAGGUAUUGAACUCAUCUAAGAUUCUCUCGGAGGAUAUUACUGAAAAACAGAGGGUUGCUGAAACCACAGAAGCAGUCAUUGAUGAGACUCGAAUGUCUUACAUUCCUGUGGCAAAACUUGCUUCUAUAUUGUUUUUCUGUGUUUCAGACAUGGCAAACAUUGAACCAAUGUACCAGUAUUCUCUACCGUGGUUUGUAGAGCUCUUUGUUUCAUCCAUCCUCAACAGUACAAAGGAUCCCGACCUCAAUAUACGCCUUGAAAACCUAAAUAUUCAUUUCAAAUACUCUAUAUACUGUAACGUGAGUCGAUCCCUUUUCGAGAAAGACAAAAUACUCUUUGUGCUUCUCAUGAGUAUCAAGAUUAUUGGUGGAGAAGGACACAUGGAUCCUGAAGAGUUGCGAUUUUUUAUGACCGGGGGAGUUGCCCUUGAGAAGGAGCCUGACAAACCAGAAGGACCUGAUGCCCUUUGGAUUAACGAUAAGAUAUGGGGAGAGUUGUAUCGACUGUCAAAGCUUGAAAAUUUCACAGAUUUGUAUCUCAACAUUGGAAAUGAAAUCAAACACUGGCGAAGGAUCUUCGAUAGCACAAAGCCUCAGGAGGAACCUCUUCCUAGUCCAUGGGCUGAAGAUUUACAUACAUUUCAAAAGCUGUUGAUACUGCGGGCUAUAAGACCGGACAAGGUUGUUUUGGGAGUCACAAACUACGUGGAAGAAGUUCUAGGCAAGAAGUUUAUUGAGCCGCUGCCAUUAAAUCUAGAAGCCUGCUAUAUGGAUGCAUCGUCAACGACCCCGCUAGUAUUUGUUUUGUCACCUGGGUCAGAUCCAAUGUCGAGCCUCUUGAAGCUGUCUAGCGACAAGGGAGCCAAGCUGCAAACUGUCUCUCUCGGUCAAGGACAGGGCCCAGUAGCCACUGCCAUCAUGCAAGAAGCUGCUAAAGAUGGGUCUUGGGUAGCUCUUCAGAACUGUCACCUUGCAGUCUCGUGGAUGCCCACUUUUGAGAAGUAUUGGGAGACAGAACUCACUUCAAAAGAGAAAGUGCAUGAAAAGUUUAGGUUGUGGUUAACAAGUUACCCUUCAGAACACUUUCCUGUGGCGGUACUGCAAAAUGCUGUCAAGAUGACGAAUGAACCUCCAAGUGGGUUGAAAGCCAACAUGACAGGGAGUUAUCUCAUGUACCCCAUCUCUGAUCCCGAAUUUUUUGGCCACUGUUCCAAGGAGAAAGAAUGGCGACGGAUGCUCUAUGGACUAUGUUUCUUCCAUGCCUACGUUCAGGAAAGAAGAAAAUUCGGGCCGCUAGGAUGGAACAUUCCAUAUGAGUUCAACGAAUCUGACUUACGAAUAAGUGUUCGCCAGCUUAAGAUGUUUAUAGAAGAGUAUCCUGAAGAGAUACCCUACAAAGCUCUGAAUUAUCUCACGGGUGAAUGCAACUAUGGCGGUCGAGUGACUGACGACCAUGAUCGAAGAACUUUGCUCACCAUCUUAAGCGAUUUUUACUGUGAGAAGAUACAUCAGGAUGACUACCCAUUUUCAGAGUCUGGAAUAUACAAAGCUCCACCGUACGGAGAAUACCAAAGUUAUAUAGACUUCAUAAAGGAGCUGCCUUCUCAGCCAACACCUGAAAUAUACGGUUUCCAUGACAAUGCGGAUAUCACAAAGGAUAUGACUUCAACGGAACGCUUGCUCACAUCUCUUCUACUUGCUGCUCCUUCGACACAAGCUGCAACUAAGAGUGGUGACAAGAAGGGACCCUCACCGGACGAGCAACUUCUCAACAUUGUUGUAGACAUCCAAGGAAAGAUCCCGGCGAACUUCGACAUAGAGCAAGCGCAAAUCAAGUUUCCUGUAACUUAUCUAGAAUCCAUGAACACAGUGUUGUGUCAGGAACUAGAAAGAUACAACAAACUAAUCACAAUCAUACGAAUAAGUCUUGAUCAAAUCCAGAAGGCAGUGAAAGGCUUAAUUGUAAUGAGUAGCGACCUGGAGCUCCUGGGGAGAAAUCUUGUGGAUGGGAAAAUUCCUGUGAUGUGGGCGGCCAAGUCAUACCCUUCGAGAAAGCCUCUGGCUAAUUAUGUAGCUGAUCUCCUCAACAGAGUCGCCUUCUUCCAAGACUGGGUCUCUAAUGGAUCGCCUAUGAUCUUCUGGAUAUCAGGAUUUUUUUUCACCCAAUCGUUUCUGACAGGAGCAAAGCAAAAUUUUGCCCGUGCUAAGCAUUUCCCAAUUGAUAUGAUAGAUUUCGAAUUCCAGGUUAUUGAAGACCCGGCGACAAUAACUACGAAGCCAGAGGUCGGGGUGUAUGUGAAAGGGCUGUUUUUGGAAGGCGCUCGAUAUGACUACAAAACUCAUGCUCUGGGAGAAUCUCAGCAGAAGGUGCUGUACACACCUGCUCCAAUCAUAUGGAUGAUACCAAACGAGGUGAUCAAGUUCAAGUCCUUCCCGCAUUACAUGUGCCCAAUGUAUAAGACGAGUGAUCGCCGUGGAAUUUUAUCAACCACUGGCCACUCCACCAACUUCGUCAUGGAAGUACUCCUCCCCUCCUUGCAUCCUCAAAGCCAUUGGAUCAAGCGAGGUGUGGCUCUUCUUACUCAGCUAGAUGAGUGAUCUAUGAUCUGUGAUUUAUGAUAUAAUGACAGAUCAAAUGAUAAUUUGGCUCGGAAUUGAUCUUGCACACAACCCAGAGCAAGAUCCGGCAACCCUGUGUACAGUUUCAAUGAGCUAUUUAUUUUGUAAAUCAUGAUUUCUAUGGUUCAUCUCCUCGCUCAUUUUCU